UCUUUUUUUUCACUUUACUCAAGACUCAAUUGCAGGCGCUCAGAGUGUAAUUUCCUAGUGAUUUUAUCGACUAGCAGAGGCAAUGAGUGGCGGCCUGAUACUUGCUGGAGUAGGAUUAGCUGCUGCAGGAUUUGGUGCUCGCUAUAUUUUACGAAACCAGCGGCUCAUCAAAAAGGGACUUGAAGCCCUCCCUGGAGGUGUUUUUGAAAAAUACCAUCGAGGUGGUUUUGAGCCAAAAAUGUCGAGGAGAGAAGCGGCAAUGAUUCUUGGAGUUCCAGCUACUGCUAAACCUAAUCGAAUAAAAGAGGCUCACAAACGCAUCAUGAUUGCCAAUCAUCCUGAUCGAGGUGGUUCUCCAUACUUGGCCGCAAAGAUUAACGAAGCCAAGGAUUUACUGGAGUCAACGAAAAGUUAACGAUGUCCAUAUUUUACCUUAGAAUUUGCUCAGGCAAAGAGAUAUGUAGCCGAUUUACUUUAUUGUAUCUCAUUUGCACCAAGUCGCUUACGUCUUCCUUCAUUGCAUCAAUGUGAUUUUAAUGCUGUUUCUCUAAGCGUACAGGUACUUAUAUGGCUUAGCUCUUUUAGUGAAAAAUGUAGCUAAUUAGCUUGAUAGAAAUAAAGUUAUAUCA